CCUUUACCUUGGCAGCAAAACCAGGACAAAUGCUUUCCAUCUUUCUGUUGUUUAGCUGAAUGAUCUGACUGCUGUCCACUACUGAAGAUCUGCACAGCUUGUGGAACAAUCUCAUCACGUAUUGGACAUUAAUACGGCCCAGUAUUCAGUGCAGUUAGUACUGUUUAGUACACUAGUUCAGUCCUUAGGUGGACUGUGGAACAUCUGUGAUCCUGCCAUGGGAAAAACAGGGGAUAGCACCGUACAGCUUAAUUCACCGUCAGAGCUCAAGCAGGCUGUUUUGUUUGAGGAGAUCAACCACAGCCUGACUUUUGCUCUGGAUGAGAGCAAGCAGACCCUUCCUGAUCGAGGCACCUGGAAGGGCAAGUUUGACUUCCUGCUGUCCUGCAUAGGAUAUGCCAUUGGCCUGGGAAAUGUCUGGAGAUUCCCAUAUCUCUGUGGGAAAAAUGGAGGCGGAGCAUUUCUUAUUCCUUACUUCACUACACUGGUGUUCGCUGGGAUUCCUCUAUUUCUGCUCGAGACUGCACUAGGACAGUACACAUCAGUGGGAGGACUAGGGGUCUGGAAACUCAUACCCAUGAUGAAAGGUGUAGGUCUGGCUGCUGCAGUUUUGUCCUUCUGGCUCAACAUAUACUACAUUGUCAUUAUUGCCUGGGCCCUCUACUACCUGUUCAACUCCUUCAGAUCAGAGUUACCUUGGCAGAGUUGCGAUAACCCCUGGAACACCGAUCACUGUUUCUCCAACUACAGCCUGCCUGACACCACCAACCUGACCAGCGCUGUAACUGAAUUUUGGGAGAGGAACAUGCACCAGCUGAGCUGUGGCCUGGAGGAGCCAGGUGAAUUGCGCUGGCCGCUGGCAGGGACUCUUGCUCUGGCCUGGGUACUCGUCUACUUCUCUAUCUGGAAAGGGGUGGAAUGGACUGGAAAGGUGGUCUAUUUCUCUGCCACUUAUCCAUACUUCAUGCUAUUCAUCCUGUUUUUCCGAGGCAUCACUCUCCCGGGGGCUAAAGAUGGCAUUCUCUUCUACAUCACCCCCGACUUUAAUAAGCUCCAGAGAUCUGAGGUGUGGCUGGAUGCUGCCACUCAGAUCUUCUUCUCUUAUGGUCUGGGUUUGGGUUCUCUGAUUGCUCUGGGCAGCUACAAUAACUUCAAUAACAAUGUCUACAGAGAUGCCAUCAUUGUGUGCUGCAUAAACUCCUUCACCAGCAUGUUUGCUGGAUUUGUCAUCUUCUCCAUUGUAGGAUUCAUGGCCUACAUCACCAAAAAACCAGUGCAGGAAUUGGCUGCAUCAGGUCCAGGUUUGGCAUUUCUGGCGUAUCCUCAGGCUGUGACUCAGCUUCCCAUGUCCUCUAUGUGGGCCAUUCUCUUCUUCUCCAUGCUUUUGAUGCUUGGACUAGACAGUCAGUUUUGUACUGUGGAAGGUUUCAUCACAGCUUUGGUAGAUGAAUAUCCCACCAUCUUAAGGAGAAGGAAGAAAUUAUUCAUCCUCUUGGUCUGCAUUAUAUCAUUCAUCAUUGGCUUGUCCAACGUCACACAGGGUGGCCUGUAUGUGUUCAAGCUGUUUGACUACUACUCAGCCAGUGGGAUGUCUCUACUCUUCCUCGUCUUCUUUGAGACAGUUGCCAUAGCCUGGUUUUAUGGAGCAGAGAGGUUCUACAAAAACAUUGAGGAGAUGAUCGGCUAUCGUCCAUGUGGCUGGUGGAAACUCUGCUGGCUCUACUUCACCCCAUCAAUCUGUUUGGGGGUUUUCACCUUCAGUGCAAUAGAGAUGACCCCUCUGACCAUGGGCAAGUAUGUGUUCCCAGGCUGGGGACAGGGCAUCGGCUGGCUCAUGGCUCUCUCCUCUAUGCUGCUCGUUCCUGGAUACAUCAUUUACAUGUUCUUCAACGUCAAGGGAAGCAUCCAUCAGCGCUGGCACAAAAUGACAAAGCCCAGUGAAGAAGAAGCCAGGCCAAAAGAGGACAACCAUUUAACACGGCAACAUUACCAAGCAGGAAUAAUGGGUGAAGAUUCUGUCUGAUGUCACCUGAAAACAGAAGGCACUACAGAAAAGCACCCUGGCUAAGGAAUAGCACCGAUAUUUGUUCUUUCUGUUUAGCUCAAUCAGCAAAUGAAUAUAAGAAACUAAAACUACACGUUAAUGCCUUUUUCAACAUGCAGUUGUAUGACAUCCAUCUUACAGAAAGUUCUGUAUAUAGUAUGAGUACGCUAAAGAAUCAGGCAAAUCAUUUAGUUUUUUUUAAAUAUAUGAAUUAUGUAUACUUACAUUUUGAGAAAAAAUAAUAUCUGUAGAUAAAUGAUAUGUAGAUAAACUUGGACAGACACACAUACAUUAUGCAUAUAUACACAAAAUUCAUCCUGUUAGAAAUGUUGUACAUUGGAAAAAGUUAAGAUUCCAGUUAAAGCUUGUACAUAUUCUGAAGUUGUCAGUAGAAAACUGAUUACUUCUAAAGAUAUAUUUCAUAGCUGUAUUGUCUAAAUGUUUAUUUGACAGUAUUUAUAGUAUUAUACAGAAUAUAGUUUAAUUUAAAGUAUGUAUAUUUAUUUAAAGUACUUUAUGCAUUUAAAGUAUGUACAGUCUGUCCUUACAAAUG